CGUGCAUUGCGCAGGACGUCGGCGCCCUGGCGCCGCGGCCACCCCCGAGCGAUUCGGUCGUUGUUUGCUGGCUCCACAUCGUGAAGUUGGUUCGGCCGGCGUGUACACAGCAUCAUCAUCAUCAUCGCGGACGGUUGGUGCGACGGUGGUGAUAUCCCCGGUCCACGUCGAUGAACGCAGAGGCGGCUCCUCGUGGCCAGAGCAGUGUCCGAGGUGACACAGCUAUGCGUGCAUUGCGCCACGGUUAUCGAUUCUGACCUGUUCUCGGCGUCGAUCGCGAACCCGCUCGAAGAUCAAACCUCUCUGCGGUUCGAAGCCGAGGCCAGAAGCAGAGGGAUCCAUCCCCUAACGAACAGCACCGUGAAAGGAGAAGGAGAGAAUAGCCCGGCGUUGGCGGAGGAGGGGGGUUGCCGCAGGACAGGUCGAUCGUCUCCCAUGAACCUACUUCCGUUCGCCCACCCCCACCGAAUCUGAACCCCAGGGGUCGAAGAGGACGCGGUCGAAUAGACGGGAACCCGGCGUUGCGACUUCUGUGUCGAACCUCUGCUCGAACGGUGUGCCAGUUCGUGAGAAGCGGGAAUAUGCGCGUGCUAUCGAUCACGCGGCCUGAUCCCUCGGAUAUGUGAUACCGGAAGUAACUACGGCAGGCUUGACCUGCGUGCAGGUGCUAGACGGUGCGUUACCACCGUGAAUACGUGCACGCAUUAACGGGUGCUGCCGCGAGACCGAGGUUCACGGAAAGAGAGAGAGGCAAGAUCGAGGUGUGCGAGAAAGUGACGCGUGUUUCGGCCGACCCACGAAGAUGUUGGCCGUCCUAGACCGGACACACCUGACGGCGUCCCACAUCCAACGAACGAGGAAGACCAAUCCCGCCGCCAGGCUCAUCUGCACCCUCCUGGUCUCAUGGCUCGUCAUCAAUGAUCACCUGGCGCUUGGGGAGACCGAUCCGCCGGAACUCACUACCGUUGACGAUCUGAACGGAAGGGGUACGAAGAAAUUCGGUGAUCAAUGCGUGGAGGACCGCGAAUGCGGAUUCGCAGGCUCGUACUGCGAGCCAAAGAAAAACAAAUGCACAUGCAAGGAGGAAUUCGAGGCUACGAAUCAUAUCGACAAAUGUGGACACCCGGCGAACGUGAACGAGUCGUGCUUUUUUAACGAACAAUGCGAGGCGAAGGUGAUCCAGACCGAGUGCAGGGACGGUCGGUGCAUUUGCAUCUUCGAGAAGAUCCCGGUGACACAGCCGGACGGACUGACAGUAUGCGUCGCCGAGCAAAGAGAGGAGCCCAAUCUGCAAUACGUCGACGCGACGAUGAUCGGCGGUCUCGUUGGCAUGGCUCUCAUGUUCAUCAUCAUCUGCGUGGUUCUUAGGCUUUUCAGCAAGGCUCGCUGGCGCGAGAACCGCACGAUCUUCAACACGCCGAACGCCCGUCUGAUGAACGUCUCGCUGCUGAGGGAGAAUAAACUGUUGCACCCGCAAGAGAGACGCGGUUCAAGGGCGAGCGUACGGGUUCCCUCGAGGCAACCCUCGAUGGCCUCCUUACGCGCCCACUCGCCGAACGCCUCGCAAGAAACAGAAAUUACAGGAUCAAGUAUCGUGCCGAGAAACCGGUCACGAACAGGAUCACGACGCGGGAGUCGCGGCAGCAGCGGGAACGCGUCGGCUGUCUCGACGAAGUCGAACAAAUCGCCGCCGAACCAGCCGAGUAACAUGACGGAAACCGUUUUGGAUAAUGUCACCGUGGAGAUUCUCGAGGCGAAGGCGUAGAUCAGCGAGAGAACUCUAAAGCGAAACCGAAAAACCGCAUGAAAACAAACAGCGACAAAAAAAAAGGAAAGAAAGAAAGACAAAGGUUCCCGACCCUCGUCCAAAGAAGCGUUCAAGAAGCUCUCUAUUUUCAAAACUCCUCGCCCUACUCCUUUCCCUUUCUUUUCUAAUCUAACGAGGUUUCCGGUUCGUCGUUGUACCGUAAAUCUCUUCUAAACGAGUCACUAUGUAGCGACUAGAGCUUCGUCGUGUCCACCUUUCGAGGGCAAACGAGUACUUCGUCCGGAUAACCGCACGAAACGGCAAGUUUACAACUCAGAUAAUCAUUGUUUACCGAGAUAAUCACUCUACGAUCGCAAGCUGCCGCCUCGAUCUACCGAUCCACUUCGAGGUGGAGAAAGAAAGAAAAAAAGAGAGAGAAAGAGAAAACCCGGAUCAGCUCGGAUGCACCGAAAGCUCGCGACAUCGACCCUCCGAUCAUUUUGAUAAAUCACUGCUGAAUCACAGCGAAUUAGAUAAACGCGAUUCGAGCUGCUCUCCGCGCAGAAGGAUGAUUUUAAUCGACACGCGCGCGCGCACGCGGGUGAAGCCUCGGUAAUCCGGUUAGAUCGUCGCAGACUCCGCCGUCUUCUAAAAACAAAAAACGCGCAACGUUUUCUACAACCAAAAGAAAAAAAAAGAGAAAAGACAAAAAAAAAAGAAAAUUGAAGCUUAGGUAAUUACGCGGAUCGCGUGAAUCGCUGAAUAUUCCUCGCGGGGACUCUCGACGUCGUUUGUAACACAGUUUCGGACCAAACGAUAGCGCGCAUCGCUUCAAGCUGAUCACUCUCUAAGUAAUUAACUCGUAUUUCGACGCUGCAACGAUGCACAACGAGUUGAAUCGGUCGUUCUAUGAAAUGGCGGUGCGGUGGAUGCCAGUCGAAUUCGAGUCUCGCUCGAAUCGUUUGAGAGGCCGAUCGACUUGUUCGGAAGAUCGAGUUGGCCGGAGCCGAAGGGACGCCUGAGGAAGAAGGGCGUUUAGGGUCCUGGAGGCUAGAUUAGGUGACUCUCCGAGUCGUCAGCUGGUCCGAUAGCGGGUCGACGCGCGCGAUCGCGCGAGGACGCUGACGCGGGAGCUAGGAAAUUUUAGGGAAAAACCGGCCGGGACGACCGGCUUUUCGAGAAGCCAACAUGACAGGGACCAGACGUGCAAGUUUGAGCCGACAUGAAUCCUGGAAGUAAGAUAGCGACCAACUUCGCCGAGUGGUUUUCUUAAGCACCGUCAAAGUAGCUUUAUAAUCUAAUAAUCCCAUCAUUGAGAAAGUCUUGAAUCGCGCGUAAUCUAGGCAACGAGAUAGCUUCACUACCGUUUAGAUCGAUUGUUGCCGCUUGACGAUCGAUCGUCUAACUAUACCUCUAGAUAUCUUUUUCGCUAAAAACGAUCGCUCGCUCGGAUUCUUAGAGUCUAAGGGGUCUAAGGCUUAGAUUGUAACCGCGGCGACAGGAUGCUUCGCGAACCGGGAGAACAAUUCCUCCGAAGGAUUACCGGUCUCGACGAGGCCGAUUGUAAUUAAUUACCGGACUACUCUUCACAUAAUAGAUUAGGCUGGGAGCGCGUCGAAGACGCGCGGCGCGGCGCGGCGUCUCUAUUGAAUCGCACAAGAUCACGUUCUUCGGAAGCUUCGAUCGAUCUCUACACAUUCAUCGUGCACCGAUCUACUACACAUCGAAUAAUCAUCCUCUUCAAGUAUAUUGUAUCCACGUAUACAGACAGACAGAUAGACAAGCAAACAAACAAACAAACAAACAGAGAAACAUACACGCAAAACAUCACGAAUGGAAGAUCAUCAAUACUCCGGUACGAUUGUAUCUCAACAAUUUAGUGCCUGCGCUCUCGCGUAUAUAGCGUUUUAUGCGAACGGAUGAAUACGGAGAACGAGAGACAUGUAUUAUAAGACAGAUCUUAUACGAGUACAAGAGAAGAGAACAGAUGAAUCUAUUAAUAGUAUAUUAUAUUAUAUUAUACACGCAUUAUACACGAUGAACUAGGUUUCACGAACUAUUUGCACGAUUUGUAGAACUAUACCUUGAUUCGAUGAGACAAACGCCUAGCGAUCGUAUCCACUCUGUGAUCUAUGUGCAACGUAUACAGCUACGAAACAGAAAAACAGCGUUCUUCUUGCUACCGUCGUUGUUAUACCGACUAAUAAUUCUUAAUCGAUUGUACCUAGGGUAAUUAGCGAUCUCGAGAAUCGUUUAAGCGACUCGCUUAGUUAUUAUGGUCCCGCACCUCACAGAAGUAUUGUCUCUAUCUCUUCGCACGAUUUUGUAUAGCACAGGGCCGGAAGGUCUCCCCUAUUACGCUAGACCGUUUUGUGAAAGUCUAGCCAUUAACCGAUCCCGAGAGAAAAUCCCGAGGAGGAAGAACGAUCGGUGAGGAAUCGGUCUGAUCCGCGAACGAAAUUCGGGGAAGGUUUCCGUUUUCGGAUAGAACGUUUCCUCCGUUGGUCUUCUAUCCAACUCUCUAUCUCUCGGCCAUCGUUCUCAGCCGUGGAAAGUAAUCGUCCGCUUUAAUAACUCUAGAGUAAUCGUACAGAAGAAGUUAGAACGUAUUUGUCGAUCGUAAGACGCUUUCGAGUCGUUAGUUUCCCUCCACCCUUACGAGUAUCUAGGAAAAACACACAAUGAAAACAUGCAGGGUGCCUCCGUCUUCGUCACGUGAAAGACGCUCGUUCACUUUUUCUACGCCUCGAAUUCUACCAUCAUAUAGAAAGGUAGAAAUCCCGUAGCUGGUACUCACCGAAACAAACUGUUCCAUUUCUUUCCGGUAGAGUCUCUCCUUCCUUCGUGCUCGCCCAUGGGAUCAUAAGAUCAAGCUCGUUCAUGAGAUCAAUUUCUGGACAGCCCCGGAUCGAUAGAGGAUUCAAGGGACAUCGUAAGGUCCUUCGGGGAUCGAGCGUGGAUCGUACGGUGCGGUAAUCCAAGUAUGGGGAAGUGUUUGGAUUACCGUCGUGGAUCCACACUGAUAGAGAAGCUGGGAUCGACGUCGCUCGACGGUGAUCCACAACGAGGAAUUUAGACAAUAGAUCGUCGACGUGGUCUCUCGAUCGAUGGCGCAGAGACCGCGACAGGGGCGGUCGUCGGAUCGCGAAUUGAUCCAGCGAUCCACGGGUUCUCGUCUCGCUGAUUACCAGAACCUUCCAUGCCAUCGCGAUCGGCCCCUGAUCAUCGAUUAUCUCCUGUAACACACACGUUUGUUAGCGUUAACCAAUUGUAUUCUAAUCAUUCUCACAUUCGCUUGCUUUUAUGGGUACUAUUUACCAGCUUCGAUGAAACAUAGGAUGACCCUCUAUGGACGAUUUAAUAGGGAAAUCUCGUCCCGUUGUACUUCGCUUGUUUUAUGGGAUUCCGAUCCGUCCUCUGGAUUCGACUGGCGGGUCGGCGAAACAUUGUGAUUCUCUAGCGUGAAAUGAUAUAUUAUCGUCUGUAAUCAUUGACCGAAACAUUAAUACACCUAGGCAUACCACACGGGAUACAGUUCGCGAUAUACCGUAGCUCCGCUUUGAUUCUAAGGCGUUUAACAAUUAAGCUCUAUCAAUUACGCGCUACGUUGAUAUAUAUAAAUAUAUAUAACUUUUAAGAUUAUUAUUAUAUAAAGAUUUUUAGCCACCAACUUGGAAUCUACGGAGAUAUAUAUAUUUAUGUAUGUAUAUAUGCAUACAUAAAUACGUAUACUUUUCAGAGAGAUUAUAACGAGACAAACAUAUUUAGAGAAAACUUCAAACGCGAGGAUACCGCGUAGCGAUUUAGAGUAUCCUAAAUAAUCGCGUGGAUGGGUGCGGGUAAAAAUUGUAUGCGAGUCUCUCAUUUUUUCAAUUUUCAAUAUUUUAUAAAGUGUCCGGUACGCGACGAAAGUGGAUACGUAUCUAUACAUAAUGUACGUGUUGUACGGUAUGUAUAGGUGCGUGUGUUAUAUAUUAAUAUCAUUGAACUUUUAGCAAUAUACUACCCACACUAUUUUAUUAGCGGCUUAGCCUACCUUGUAACCUUUAUAUUAUACAUUUCAUAUUAUAGCUUAUAUAACGGAUAAUUAAUGAUCUAUUACGAUUGUAUUUGAAACUUAAAUUAUAUUCUAACUCUUCGAAUUCAUUUUAAUAAACUUAUUACACUGUA